AUGGUGGCUAUCGUUAAGGCUCACGAACUCCGUAACAAGAACAAGGCUGAACUCUUGAAGAUCCUUGACGAACAAAAGCAAGCUCUUGCUAACCUUCGUGUCCAAAAGGUCGCUGGUGGCAGACUCCAAGAAAUUGGUGAAGCCCGUAAGAACGUUGCCCGUGUUUUGACCGUCAUCAACCAAACCCAACGUGAGCAACUCCGUCUCUUCUACCAAAAGAAGAAGUUCGUCCCUCUUGAUCUCCGUGUCAAGAAGACCCGUGCUAUGCGUAGAGCUUUGACUCCUUUCGAAAAGUCCAAGAAGACCAUUCGUGAACAAAAGAAGUUGGCUCACUUCCCUCUUCGCAAGUACGCUGUUAAGGCCUAA